AUGGAUUAUAUUCCAGAUAUCUGUCGGGUGUGCCGAUGUGAGGGCACUCCAGACAAGGCUCUGUAUCAUCCAUGUGUUUGUACUGGAAGUAUCAAAUUCAUCCACCAAGAUUGCCUUUUGCAGUGGUUGACUUACAGUCGUAAAGAAUAUUGUGAACUAUGCAAGCACAGAUUUGCAUUCACACCUAUCUACUCUCCCGAUAUGCCGAAGCGCCUACCGAUUAAAGACAUCUGUAGUGGACUGGUCACGAGUAUGGCAAGAGCCAUUAGGUAUUGGUUUCACUAUACACUUGUAGCAUUCGCUUGGUUGGGCGUAGUUCCUCUUACUGCCUGUCGAAUCUAUAGAUGUUUAUUUACUGGUAGUGUCAGUUCAUUGUUAACUUUACCAUUAGACAUGUUAUCUACAGAAAACCUAGCCUCUGACUGUUUCCAAGGCUGUUUUGUAGUGACCUGUACGCUGUGUGCAUUUAUUAGUCUAGUUUGGUUACGUGAACAGAUUUUACAUGGGGGAGGUCCUGAUUGGUUAGAACAAGAUAAUCAACAAGCCAAUCAACAGAGGGUAAAUAAAUUUGAAUAUUCAUUGAAUUCUCCAGCCAAUCAGAAUGAAGGUGGGAAUAACCCUGCAGCCAAUGAAAAUGAAGAAGAGGUUGAAGGUGAAGAAGUGGCAGAAGGCAAUGAUGGUGCUAACCAUGAGGCCAAUAAUGAUGUCAAUAAUGAUGUUAAUAAUGAUAAUAAUGGUGCACAAGAUGAUAACAAUUGGAAUCCAAUAGAGUGGGACAGAGCAGCAGAGGAGCUGACUUGGGAAAGGUUACUGGGUUUAGAUGGGUCUCUGGUAUUUUUAGAACAUGUUUUUUGGGUCGUUUCACUCAAUACAUUGUUUAUCCUAGUAUUUGCCUUUUGUCCAUAUCAUAUUGGACAUUUUACACUAGUGGGGUGUAAAGUUGAUGAUAUUGUAUCCGCUUCCCAUUUUGAAGGAUUAUUAACUACGAUAUCAGGCUAUGUUGUAAUUGGUAUAGCAUUAGUUGUAUUAUACUUACUCUGUUCUCUUGCCAAACUCAAAAAAUUCCGGCGUGUAUUAGGACUAUGUUAUGUAGUAGUAAAAGUUAUGUUAUUAGUCGUGGUAGAAGUCGGUGUCUUUCCUCUGAUUUGUGGCUGGUGGCUGGACAUCUGUUCCUUGUCUAUGUUUGAUGCCACUUUAAAAGACAGAAAGACAAGUUUUCACCUGGCUCCAGGUACCUCUAUGUUUAUUCACUGGCUAGUCGGAAUGGUGUAUGUAUUUUACUUUGCGUCGUUUAUCUUACUGCUACGAGAAGUACUUCGUCCUGGUGUUCUCUGGUUUCUACGAAAUCUCAACGACCCUGAAUUUAAUCCCAUUCAAGAGAUGAUACAUCUACCAGUUUAUCGACAUGUGAGAAGAUUUAUUGCCUCAGUGAUAAUAUUUGGAAGUACUGUAUUGUUAAUGUUAUGGUUGCCUGUAAGAGUGAUAAAGAAAGUCUUCAGUACAUUUCUGCCAUACCAUGUUAUGUUAUCGAGUGAUGCCCCAGUGAGUGAGCUGUCUCUAGAACUAUUAUUACUACAAGUGGUAUUACCAGCCCUCUUAGAACAGGGUCAUACUAGACUGUGGAUGAAAGGAAUGGUACGGGGUUGGACUGUAGCUGUAGCCUGGUUGUUGAAUCUUAGAUCUUAUCUUAUUGGUGAUGAAGAUGUUAUCCAUGGUGAUCAACCAGCCCCGCCCCAAGCCAAUAACGUCCAUGCUAAUAAUGUAGCCCCACCCCCAGCACAGCCUCAGGGUGAGGGUUUAGGUGCUGCCCAUCAGGCCAUGUUACAAGGUGGUGGACCCACAGGAUUCCAGCCAUACAAGAGACCCUCUAUAUUUGCUGCCAGGGUUAUUAUGCUAGUGAUCUUAAUGUGUGUUACUUUAUUUGCUGCUAGUCUGUUUUCACUUACACUGCCAGUAUUUAUCGGGCGUCGUUUGAUGUCAAUUUGGAUGGGAGAUGUUAAGAUACACGAGUUAUAUACUGCAGCUUGUGGAUUGUAUGUUUGUUGGUUAAGUCUGCGAAUAUCGUUAUUUCUGUAUAACUGGAUCCCACAGGGUUAUAAUGUCAUCAUAGUCAAACUUAAACAGUGGUCAUUAUUGGCCUUGAAAUCUAUUAUAAUAGCUGUAAUGUUAAUAGGAGCAGUACCGUUAUUACUAGGUUUAUUAUUUGAACUGGUUGUCGUAGCUCCAUUACGAGUACCUUUGGAUCAGUCUCCAGUCUUCUUUCCAUGGCAGGAUUGGGCUCUAGGUGUGUUACAUGCUAAAAUUAUCUGUGCAGUCACUAUGAUGGGACCACAAUGGUGGCUCAAACAAGCCAUGGAACAGGUAUAUAAUGAUGGAUUAAGGAAUUUAAAUCUAUUGUUUAUAUUAAAACAUCUGUGUUUACCUGUAGUCAGUUCUCUAGGAAUGGCGCUAUCUGUUCCUUAUAUCAUAGCUAAGUCAUUUGUACCUAUGUUCGAUGUAGAUGAGGUUACCCAGACGUUAGUAGAGAGAAGAAUUUAUCCGUAUUUAUUAAGUUGUAUAAUUAUAGUCAGUGUAUGUACAUUCCAACUACGCCAGUUUAGACGUCUUUAUAACCAUAUUAAAGAUGACAAAUAUUUGGUGGGCCAGAGAUUGGUGAACUAUGACCCCGUAUCACGAAAAUCACAAUCACAACCACAAGAGGCUGUAGUUUCUUGA